AUGAAGUUUGCAAACCACACCUCUGUGACAGAAUUCAUUCUUUUGGGGUUAACAGAGGACCCUAAACUGUGUGCAGUGUUCUUUAUGAUAUUUCUAGGGGUGUAUGCUGUCAUUUUAGUGGGCAACAUCAGCAUCAUCACGCUAAUAAGAAACUGUCCCCAGCUCCAUACCCCUAUGUACCUGUUCCUUAGCCACCUGGCUUUUGUGGACAUUGGGUUUUCCUCAUCAGUCACACCUAUUAUGCUUAUGGGGUUCCUGAAAAAUGGAAUGGCCCUUCCUGUGGCUGGCUGUGAAGCCCAACUCUGUGUCACAGUGUCGUUUGGAUCUACUGAGUGCUUUCUUCUGGCCACUAUGGCCUAUGACCGUUAUGUGGCCAUCUGCUCGCCCCUGCUCUACUCCACACGCAUGUCUCCCAGGGUCUGCUUUCUCUUGGUUGGGGUUUCCUACAUGUGUGGCUUUGUGAAUGGAUGUACUUUUGUUAGUAGUGCAUUAGGUCUAUCCUUCUGUGGGCCAAAUCAGGUAGAUCAUUUUUUCUGUGACUUUGCCCCUUUAGUGAAACUUUCUUGCUCGGAUGUCUCCAUUAUUGGGAUUAUACCCUCUAUCUCUUCUGGAUUUGUCAUUUCAACAACAGUGUUUGUCAUAGGUGUCUCCUACAUCUACAUCCUCAUCACCAUCCUGAAGAUGCGCUCCACUGAGGGCCGCCACAAAGCCUUCUCCACCUGCACCUCCCACCUCACUGCAGUCACUCUGUACUAUGGAACUAUUACCUUCAUUUAUGUGAUGCCCAAAUCCAGCUACUCCACUGAGCAGAACAAGAUAGUAUCCGUGUUCUACACAGUGAUGAUCCCCAUGUUGAACCCCCUCAUCUACAGUCUGAGGAACAGAGACGUAAAGGAGGCCCUGAGGAAGGCAACUCUCAGAGUAUAUUCAUAA